AGGUAAGAUGCAAGCAUUUUGAUCCGGUCGCUGGAAAAUCAGAGUCAUGCUAAUGGAUGCUGCGCUCUUCAUUCAGCUAUCUGAAUUUUGCACACAUGGCCAAGCAGAAACGUGGGUUUGGUACAGAGAAGAAUUUCCUUCUUAACAGAGGCGUCUUCCUGCUGAAAUUUCUGACGUUCAUUUUUCUAGUUGUUUUAUUCUGCGAGUUUUUGGUUUACUAUUUUGUUCUAUUUCAAUGUUCCUGGCCAGACCCGAAGAGUUCCUCUAAUGCCCACACUUCAACACCUCUGAAGGCAAUGUUUUUAUCGGACACUCAUCUUCUGGGUGAAAUAAGGGGUCAUUGGCUUGACAAACUAAGAAGGGAAUGGCAAAUGGAAAGAGCUUAUCAAAGUGCACUUUGGCUCCUGCAGCCAGAUAUCGUUUUCAUCCUUGGUGAUCUAUUCGACGAAGGCAAAUGGAGUAACUCUAAGGCAUGGGAUAAUGAUGUUUCUCGUUUUCAGUCUAUGUUCAGACAUCCUCCUCAAACAGAGCUAAUAGUUGUUGUGGGAAAUCAUGAUGUUGGAUUCCAUUAUGAAAUGACUGAACAGAAACUAAAAAGAUUUGAGAAGGUGUUUAAUGUUACUUCGGAAAAAGUAGUGACUCGUAAAGGAAUAAAUUUUGUCCUGGUGAAUAGUGUUGCUCUGGAGGGCGAUGGCUGUGUGAUUUGUAGAGCAGAAGAGGAUCAUAUUUUUCAAGUUUCUCGACAGCUGUCUUGUUCCAGAAAAAAAAAUCAGACAGAUUUUGUGAAGAAGUGUGGAAAAGUUCACCUGCUGCCUCCGACUGCUCCCAUUCUUCUGCAGCAUUAUCCGUUGUACCGGACAGGUGACUCCGAAUGUACUGGCGAGGAUUCUGCUACUCCAGAGGAAAAGCAAGUUCUGUUUAUAGAGAAAUAUGAUGUUCUUUCACAGGAUGCCUCUACAAAGCUGCUGCAAUUACUUCAGCCAAGGCUGAUCCUAAGUGGUCACACUCACAGUGCUUGUACAGUUUUCCAUGGAGAUGUUCCAGAGAUCAGCAUCCCUUCCUUCAGCUGGAGAAACAGGAAUAAUCCAAGCUUCAUCAUGGGACUGAUUACAGCUGAAGACUUUGCACUUGAAAAAUGCUUCCUUCCAACAGAGAGCACGGUUAUCUACAUCUACACUGUAGCAAGCAUUCUGCUGUUUCUCUACCUAGUGUUCCAGUUGCCACUAAUGAAAGCUUUGAAAUUCUUCUUCAUGCCCAAGGAAAAGCCAGUGUAAAGAAGGCAUGUUUCAUAUACAAGCCACACCUUAUGGAAACCACUAGUUUGCUUUGUUCUCUAGAAUAGACCAGUACAUUUUACCAAAUAUAUAUUUAUUAAAUGAUGUACCUGUACAAUAUGUGACUGUCACCUGUACAUUAAAGAAAGAAAAUUCCUUCAUUGAUUUGAUAGCCAUAUCCCCUGCAGGACCAUACAGCUGUGCCCUGUGUGGUUCAGGUCAGCCUGUGGACACUUUACCCUUCUGUGGUUUUUGAAAUUUCACUUCUCAGGCCAACCUAAUGCUCGAUGUGAUACUUUUUUAAAUAAAUAUGAUUGUCUAUGAUAUUUAUUAUGUUUGCCUUUUUUAUGGUUGAUAAAACUUGAGCCUUAAUGAGACAGGCAAGUGUUCUUACCACAAGUUUUUCAAAAUGAAUGGCAUAAAGGGAGGUGAGGGGCGGAAUAGCUGGUAUGAGCUUGACAGACCCAAAAAAACUAAAAGUGCUCACCAUUAUAAAGUGUACAGGUCUCCCUACAGACAAGCAGUCCUCAUUCUUUAGGGGGCAUGGCCAGAGGAACAAUGAAUAAUUACUGGGUUUAGCAUUGUAGGAUGCAGGACACAUCCCUGCUCAUACCCAUGCAGUCCACCCUCUCUUUACUUUGGUACUCAUUCCUCUGUGGCCUAAUAUGAGCCACACAGUGAUGAUUUCAAUAUGGGGCUCCAACACAAACAUGAUCAAAGUCUCUCCAAGAGUCUUGUACAAUUGUAAAUUAGACAUGAAGACAACCGUAAGCAAUUUAACUGUGUCCAAUGUCUUGAAGGUAUCGCGUGGCACCUCCACUGCGCAAGUGGAUAGGAAGGCAGCAAUUGGAGGACUGACAUUAUUUAACAAAUCUUAAGUGAUGUUGUCUAGAAAGGCUUGUCUUUACCGCUGUUAACAGUAAUUGUAGACAAUGUACAGGUUAUCUUGGACACAGGUCAUCUAGACUCACAUACAUAAAACACCUAAGUAUAAAAUAUAAAGCAGUGUAAUAGUUACUAAAAAGGACAUGCCUUAUUGCUACAGCAGUUCUUGCUUUGUAUAUUUAUAUUAUAUAUAUAUUUAUAUAUAGUAUUGUACCACAACUUCUUUAGAGAACAUUUACAUAAAUUAUUCAAGUUUGAGAAAUAGUCACACAUAUCAAUUCUAUAAUAUUUAAAAUAAAUCAACUUUCUAAUGUGUCUCUUUAUUAAAAGAGAAAUUAAAAUGUCAUCUUGUAAUUUAUCAGGUUAGACAAAGAUUUCCACCUUUUUUUUGUUUGACCCUCCUCGUCGUGCUAUAUAGGCUUACACAACAUCCGCUGCUGCCAUAAAUGGAGCAAGCCUAAACUGAUGCUGCCACAGGUAACAUUGACAGCAUCUCUGUGGCAAUACUGGGAAUGUUGGAUCCAUGCAAAUAUGAUCAAAAGGUUUCCUAAAAGAAAUGUUAAAAAAAUGUUUCCUUGGUUCCCACUAAAACACCACUAGGCUGUAAAUAUGAACAAAGAAAUGGAUUCCAAUAGAUUUUUUUUGUUUGUUUUAAAGCUGAGUCUUCUUCACCUCCUCCCCGUGCCUGCACAUAAAAACAGAAGGAAAACAAAAAAAAAAAGGCAUGUUUGCUGCAACAACUGGUCAUUGUAGGACCUUACUUGUAAAGGUAAGUGGUUAAUUUGCAUAAUUUAUACUUUUUUUUUUUGUUGUUUUCUUUUUUUGUACUAAAGAGCAUUUCCUUCUUUUUAUAUAAACCAGAAAAAAACUAAAUUCUACAGAUAGUUCCUACCCGCAGUCACAGCUGCAGGCAAGUUUGACAUCAAGCUGUACAGCGCAAUCAAAAACAUACUUACAUCUUAGCUCAUUUUACAGGUACAGCCAUAAUCAAGGCACAAAGAUCUUCUACAAGUAUUAUUUUUUUUCAAUAAAGUUGUACAAAAUAAUAUUACAUUUUACAUCUGUACAUUAUAAUAAACCAGCAGUUAAACAAAAUAAAAAAAAAAACAAACAAAAAAAAUUUCUAUAAAGGACUAAAGCCCAGUAAUGAUCUAAGGCUAAAAAGAUCAUCUGUGGACAGAGCAUAUAAUAUCGGUGCAGGUGGUCAUUUUUUUUUUAUUUUCUGCCUUGACGUGAGAGGCUGAAAGCAGCUGCAGUUUGAAUGCCUGAGGUGUGCAGAAACACUUAGCCACAAUAUACCAUAAAAAUGUAAAAAA